AUGCAGGUGAAAGAGCGGGCAGAUGAAACCAUCAGGCUGAAGAACUCUCUGUUUGUUGUGCUAACUUCGCUGGCGAUCUCCAUUUGCUAUGCCGAUCGUGCAAACAUUGCUGAUGCUAUUUUACCCAUGUCAGCGGAGCUAGGCUUCGCAAGAAGCGUAGAGGGGAUUGUCUUAUCCUCGUUCUUCAUAGGAUAUGCAUCCACGCAGAUUGCUGGUGGUUGGCUGUCCGACAAAUUCGGAGGAAAGAACGUGCUGUCUGUCGCUGUCUUCCUCUGGUCAGUCGCCACAGUCUUCACUCCCGUGUUCGCUCGAUCGGGCCUGUACAACUUGAUUCUGAUCCGCAUCCUCAUGGGCGUGGGAGAGGGUCCGGCGUUUCCUGCGAUCCAUUCGAUGAUUUCGAGGACGAUACCGAACGAGCGGAAAACCACAGUCGUCGCUAUCGUCACUGCCGCGAGCUACGUCGGAUCCCUCCUUGCAUUCGCUGUUUGCCCGGCGAUCAUGGCUUCCUCCUCCUGGGACAGCGUCUUCUACAGCUUUGGUAGUCUGGGACUUGUCUGGCUUCCACUCUGGUUUUUGUAUACAAGGUUUUUCCCUUCCCUUGACAAGUCAACAGUCGCAAUUACAGACGUUUCAGGCAAUACUGCACCAGGAAACAAUGUCUUGGAGCUAACAAGAUCACUUCUGUUCAAGAAAGAAGUCUGGGCGAUCAUCGUAGCACAAUACACUCAGAGCUGGGGGCUGUAUGGAGUGAUGAACUGGCUUCCAGCAUACAUUAACGAAGAGUUUCAUGUCAAGGUGGAAGACUUAGCAGGAUUCACUGUCCUUCCCUACCUGCUGCAGGGAGGAGUUGGACUGGUCUCUGGAGUGAUAGCAGAUAGCCUUAUCAGCAAGGGGAUUCGAGUCAAAGUUGUCAGACAGGCGAUGCAAGGGAUCGGCAUGCUUGGUCCUGGCCUCCUCCUGUGCUUUGCGGCAGGCUCGCAUUCUGCUCAGGUCCAGCAGGAGGCGACUCUCUUCCUUGCAGGCGGCCUGGGGCUCUCAGCUCUGACGUUGGGGGGAGUGUCUGCCAACCAUCUUGACAUCGCCAAGAAGAACAGCGGCCUGGUCUUCGGCAUCGGCAACACAGCUGGCACGUUGGGAGGGUUUGUAAGCGUUGCACUUUGCGGAUGGCUGCAGGAGAUUACACACUCAUGGCCAACGGUCUUGACAGUCAUCGCAGCCCAUUAUGCUGUGGGGGCGUUGGCUUGGGUUGCCUGGGUGGGGGAUGAGGAAGUUGUGCAGGACACAGUGGUAGAGGGGAGGAGAUGA